UGCGGGGGUGACUAUCGAUAGGCUCGAUGCAUCGAUUUACUCACAUUUCUUGGGUGUUUUAAAAAGAAAAGCGUGAAAAACGGCCCAAAUAAACGAAUCAUCUGCGUGUCGGGAAGAAAAGUGCAUCGAACCGAAAGCCAUACCUUCCGCAGCUGUUGAAGGCCUCGAAAAAUACUGCCAAAUAGUUAAAGUAACCGUAUCAGUCGUCUCGCAGUCGCAGCGCAGCGAGUGUUAUUUAGCGCAGGGGGGAGGGAGUGUAUGUGCGUGUGUAUGUGUGGGCCAGUGAGUGGGCAGAGGAGCAGCAGCGGAUGUGGAUGUAGCUCGAAGGAGCCCGCAGUCAGCAGCGGAUACCACGAAAAGCAAACGGAGACAAGAAAAUAAACACUACACUGGAAACCUUAAACGCGGCAACGCAUAGGAGGGGUUUUCUGGAACAACAGCAGCAGCAACCGCCGAAGUCGCAGCAGAGACUGAGCAGAGGCAGAGACAGCCGCAGCCGCGUCGGUGACCGCACCCUAAUGUCAAAUAGCCAAGCAAAUGCCGGCAGCAGUGGUAGCGCGGUAGCGGAUGAACCGAUCCAGCUCCAACCCCCCACAAAUCCGAAUCCGAAUCCGAAUGCAUCCAGCCAAGCAGCAGCUGCAGCAGCAGCGGCAGCAGCUACGCCGGCGUCGCAGCAGCAGCAGCCCCCUCACAUAGUCGGAGCCUCAACAGCUGAUGCGGGCACAAGUAGCGUUCAGGUGUCCGAAGGGGUCAACCUAGAUUCGUCGCCCCGCGAAAGCGGUGACGAUUCUGAGGAUGAAAGUGAAAUCCUGGAGGAGUCGCCAUGCGGACGGUGGCUGAAGCGGCGCGAGGAGGUCGACCAACGCGACGUACCCGGGAUCGACUGCGUCCACCUGGCCAUGGACACCGAGGAGGGUGUCGAGGUGGUGUGGAACGAGGUGCAAUAUGCUAGCCUGCAGGAGCUCAAGUCGCAGGAGGAGAAGAUGCGACAGGUGUUCGACAAUCUCCUGCAGCUGGACCACCAGAACAUUGUCAAGUUCCACCGCUACUGGACGGACACACAGCACGCGGAGCGUCCUCGGGUGGUCUUCAUCACCGAGUACAUGUCGUCGGGCUCGCUGAAACAGUUCCUCAAGCGCACCAAGCGCAACGCCAAGCGGUUGCCGCUGGAGUCUUGGCGCCGCUGGUGCACCCAAAUCCUGUCCGCCCUCAGCUAUUUGCAUUCCUGCACGCCGCCCAUCAUUCACGGCAACCUAACCUGUGAUAGCAUCUUCAUCCAGCACAACGGUCUGGUCAAGAUCGGCUCGGUGGUUCCCGAUGCGGUCCACUACAGCGUCCGGCGGGGCCGAGAACGGGAUCGAGAGCAAGAACGCGAGCGCGAACGGGGAGCCCACUACUUCCAGGCGCCGGAGUACGGAGCAGCCGAACAGCUUACAGCCGCCCUCGACAUCUACGCGUUCGGGAUGUGCGCUCUGGAGAUGGCCGCCCUAGAGAUCCAACCCAGCAAUAGCGAGUCGACUGCCAUCAACGAGGAGACCAUCCAGCGCACAAUCCUCAGCCUUGAGAGCGACCUGCAGCGCGAUUUAAUACGCAAGUGUCUCAAUCCGCAGCCGCAGGAUCGGCCCAGUGCCAAUGAUCUGCUCUUUCACCCACUGCUUUUCGAGGUACACUCCCUCAAACUACUGACGGCCCACUGUCUGGUCUUUUCGCCCGCCAACCGCACCAUGUUCUCGGAGACCGCUUUCGACGGACUGAUGCAACGCUAUUACCAGCCGGAUGUUGUGAUGGCCCAACUGCGAAUGGCUGGCGGGCAGGAGCGACAAUACCGCCUAGCCGACGUCUCUGGAGCCGAUAAGCUCGAGAAGUUCGUCGAAGAUGUGAAGUAUGGGGUGUAUCCGCUGAUCACGUACAGCGGCAAGAAGCCGCCAACUUUCCGUUCGCGGGCCGCCUCACCAGAACGGGCUGACUCUGUGAAAUCGGCCUCGCCGGAACCGGUGGACACCGAGUCGCGGCGCAUCGUCAACAUGAUGUGCAGCGUGAAAAUCAAGGAGGACAGCAACGACAUAAUCAUGACAAUACUGCUCCGCAUGGACGACAAGAUGAAUCGUCAGUUGACGUGUCAGGUGAACGAGAACGAUACGGCGGCGGAUCUGACCAGUGAAUUGGUGCGCCUGGGCUUUGUCCAUCUGGACGAUCAGGACAAGAUCCAGGUCCUACUCGAGGAGACGCUCAAGGCUGGCGUUCUGAGCGAUGGCGCCGGAGCGGAAAGCUCAGGCGCUGGGGUGACCACCACCGCGACUAUGGCGGCGUUGGAGCAACUGGAGCGGAACUGGUCAAUUUCUUCAGAUGCCGCAGACAAGCAGGCCACUGCGGUGAUGUACGUGCCCCAGGAGCAGCAGCACCUGGAUUCGGUGACGGCGGACGUGGAGCAGUCGGGCGCCGCGACGAGCAAUUGAGAGUAUAAGCUUAGUAUUCAGGGCAGGCCAGCGCGUAUUGUUUUUAUUGUAUUGGGAAAUUACACAUUACGAUUUUAUUACUA